GUUUCGUGCCCUUUUAAAUGUAUUUUCAAGAUGGCGGCCCAGGACGGUGUGGUCCGCGUAAAGCAACUGGAAGAAAAAGCAAGAGGCAGCCUGGAUAAAUUUAACAAAGAGAAGAAGAAAAAGAAAAAAAGAUCGUGUUCUCCGAACGGGGAGCGGGAGAAAACGGAGAAAGAAAUAAAAAAGGUGAAGCUACACCACCACCAUCGCCAUCAUCAUCACUUACAACAACAACAACAACAACACAGUCAGCAGCAACUCCACCAUCGGAACUACUCGCAGACUGAGCACUGCCAUAGCAACAGCAAGAAAGAGUCUCUCCUGCAGGGCUCCCCGAGGAAGGUGGCCCAGGUACCGGUGGUACAGACCCAGACCCAAACUCAAACGCACUCACAGCAUCAGCCGAAGCCGCAGAAAGCGCUCCCACCAGCAGCCCCGGCUCUGUUUACCUUCUCUCCGCUCAAACUGCCCAAAGUGAAGCCAGUGCACGGCAAAGAGAAGCAUGCUCACACCCGGGAGAAAGAGAAGUACAAAGUGAAAAAGGAGAACAGCGAGGUUAACGCGAAGGAUGCCGUAAACAAAAUAAAGAAAGAGCCCCCGGAUGAAAACAGUAAAACACAAGCAGAUGACGAGUACCUGAUAAAGAAGAAGAUGAAGAAGAAAAAGAAGAGAAAACACAGAGAGGACGAGCGAGGCAAGCGGCCCAAGAUGUACAACAAGGCGGUGCAGACGGUGUGCACUCUAUGUGACGAUUCUGCACUCAAGUACCUUAAAAAAGAGCAGCUCUGCCAGACCACCGUGGGCACAGCCGGGUUCCUGACGCCCAGCGGGGUGCAGAUACCCUACCUGUCCCACCACGACCAUUCCAUCCGCAGCACCUGCUUACAGACGGGCACAAAGUACGGGCGCUUCAUCCACGAGGAGCACCAGCCCAACGGAGGGGCGUCUGUGCUCCAUGCUUACAUGGACGAACUCUCAUUCCUGUCUCCUGUGGAGAUGGAGAGCUUCGCAGAGGAGUUCUUGAGACUGACGUUUAGCGAAAGCCAGAAGAGUGCAGCCAAGUAUGCCCUGGCCAUAGUGCACGGGGCCGCUGCCUUCCUGCCAGACUUCCUGGAUUACUUCGCUUUCAACUUCCCCAGCACUCCCGUCAAAAUGGAGAUCCUGGGCAAGAAGGACAUUGAAACCACCAGUAUCACAAAUUUUCAUUCUCAGGUUAAUCGCACGUACUGCUCAGGGACUUACCGGGCUGGUGCCAUGAGGCAGAUCAGCCUCGUCGGAGCUGUGGAUGAAGAGGUCGGGGAUUACUUUCCAGAGUUUCUUGAUAUGCUGGAAGAAUCCCCCUUUUUGAAGAGGACGCUACCAUGGGGCAGUCUGUCCAGCCUUCAGCUGCAGUGCAGGUCUCAGAGUGACGAUGGACCCAUUAUGUGGGUGAGGCCAGGGGAACAGAUGAUCCCAACAGCAGACAUGCCAAAGUCCCCCUUUAAACGACGACGGUCGAUGAAUGAAAUAAAGAACCUGCAUUACUUACCUCGAGCCAGCGAGCCCCGUGAAGUACUGUUUGAAGACCGGACUCGGGCCCAUGCGGAUCACGUGGGACAAGGGUUUGACUGGCAGAGCACCGCUGCGGUGGGAGUGCUGAAGGCUGUGCAGUGUGGAGAAUGGAGUGACCGACCUCGAAUAACCAAAGAUGUGGUUUGUUUCCAUGCAGAAGAUUUUACUGAUGUCGUACAGAGAUUACAACUAGACUUGUACGAACCACCUGUGUCCCAGUGUGUUCAGUGGGUGGAUGAUGCAAAACUAAACCAGUUAAGAAGGGAAGGCAUCCGCUACUCCAGGAUCCAGUUGUAUGAUGACGACAUUUACUUCAUCCCCCGAAACGUCAUCCACCAGUUCAAAACUGUGUCUGCUGUGUGCAGCCUUGCAUGGCACGUACGACUCAAGCAAUAUCACCCUGAGAGCGAGAGCUCCUCCAGCACGGAAUGGAAAAACAACUGCACAGGAUGCAGUGAGCCUAAAGAAACCGAGGCCAAAGUGUCGUGCCCAGCGUCAAAACCAGAACCUGAAGCUGUGGAUGUAAAAUACCUUUUUUCUGUUCCAAAGCCACAGGUACAGAAACCAGUAACCCCACAGCACUCCACAGCAACAGGGAAGGCAUACCGUCAACCAGUAAUGGCCACCAAAACAGCAGCAGCUCCUCCUGUGGUAUUGCAGCCUGAAACUUUGUCAUCGACAGUGCCUUCCCAUGACCUAGACUCUCCACGACACCUUACAGCCUGCCUCCAACACUGUGCACAGUAGCUUGCUUACAGCCUGCCUCCAACACUGUGCACAGUAGCUUGCUUUAUAUUGUAUAUUAUUGUACAGUAUAUUGUUUGUGAAGUUUUAUUGGGGGGCGGGCGUAUUUAAAAGUAAAUAAUCGCGAGGGGUUCUGCAGAUUGAUGAGAUUUCAUAAGCACGUGGCCCUUUUUAUACAGAUACAUAGAGAACUCGGCUCAAACUUCCAUGCAGCAAUGAAAGGUGCUGUAGUGUGUCUAAUAGUGCUCUAUUUUCAAAUUGAAGGCUAGAGCCUGACCAAGCUUUUGUAGAAUGUAGCACCCACUUCAUGGGAGAAUGUUUGAAUAGGCAGUUUCAUAUUGCAUGAAGUCUAAUCAAGAGUUUUCAGUAUACUUGCAAUACCAAGUAAAAUGAAAGUUAAAGCCAUGGGUCAGAGACACUUUGGUUUUACAUUAGUAGGAUCAUGUACUGAAAGGUGUACAGUGCCGUGAAAAAGUAUUUGCCCCCUGUCUGAUUUUCUGCAUUUUUUUUACAUUGAAUUUGGUCAGAUCUU